AUGGCCCCAAUCACCAAGAUGGGAUCCCAUGAAACGACCAUCAACCGAAUUGCGGCAGUGGUACAGGCUUUCUAUGAUUGCAAAGAACCCUACCGUAUAUUUCACGGCUCGACGAACAGCACCAGACCAGUUCAACAAGGUCGAGUGGUUGAUAUUAGGGCCAUGUCAAGUGUGGUCAAAAUUGAUACUGCAUCCAAAACGGCAUUGGUAGAGCCCAAUGUGCCCAUGGAUAAAUUAGUAGAGGCAACCCUCGAACACCAGUUAAUACCGCCAGUUGUUAUGGAGUUUCCCGGGAUUACAGUUGGAGGAGGCUACGCAGGCUCUGCGGGAGAGAGUAGCUCUUUCAAGUAUGGUUAUUUUGACCAGACCGUCAGCUCGGUGGAGAUGGUCUUGGGAAACGGGGAGGUUAUUACUGCGUCCAAAACUGAACACCCAGACUUGUUCAAGGGCGCAGCGGGAGCUCUUGGCACUCUGGGAAUCACCACUUUGAUCGAAUUACAGCUUGUCCAAGCUAAGAAAUUUGCCAUUCGGAAAGAAACAGAGAACCCUUCCAACGACUACGUCGACGGUAUUAUCUUCUCCAAAACUCACGGAGUUGUAAUUAGUGGUAAGUUGACAGACCACAAACCGGAGUCUGCCAAACCCCAGACGUUCAGCAAACCUUGGGAUCCUUGGUUCUACCUUCACGUAAAAGAGAAGACACUCUUUGAGUCCCCUUCUUCGCCAGUCACCGAUUACAUUCCUCUGGCCGAAUACCUUUUCCGAUACGAUCGAGGCGGCUUCUGGGUUGGUCUUGAGGCGUUUCGAUACUUUGGAUUCAUGCCAUUCAACCGACUGACGCGGUGGUUCCUGGAUGAUUUUGUACACACUCGAAUGCUAUAUCGAGCCAUGCACGCUAGCAAUAGACAAUUCGGCAACAUUAUUCAAGAUCUCUCACUGCCCUAUUCCACUGCCGAAGAAUUUGUUGGUUACACAGGAGAGGAACUGGAUAUCUGGCCGCUAUGGCUAUGCCCGUUACGCCAGAUGGAUCCACCUACGUUCCACCCACACACAACACAGCCAGGUCCCGGCGACUUUUCGAAGCCAAUGUUGAAUAUCGGCCUCUGGAGGCCGGCGUCAACAGACAUGGACACGAUUUUCCAGCAAAACCGGCGAUUAGAAAGCAAGCUGACAGAGAUUGGUAGGCGGAAAGUGCUAUACUCUCAAACGUACUAUACGGAGCCAGAGUUCUGGCAAUUGUAUGAUCGAAAGUGGUAUGAUGACCUGAGACAACGGUACUCGGCUACAACUCUGCCCACGGUCUUCGAUAAAGUGAAGGUUGAUUUGGGAAGUAUAAGACGAAAAGUGCUUCGUGGAUUCAGAGGCUGGCUUCCUCGUGGCCAUUCGCGGGAUUUGUUGGCAUAUGGUGGGCGAUACGAAGUAAGGACUAUCUACUUCAUAGGCGUCCCUCUUGGGCAUCUAAGGGCGCAUUGGUGGCUUCGAAGAAGGACGUGGACAAAAUUGGACAUGAUUCAAAACCAGCAGUCGUCAUUGUAA